CGGGAGGGCGGACCGGGCGGGGAUAUGGCCGCGGCGCCCGGAGGGUCUGCGCCGCCCGCCGGCCCCGGCCCGCGCCUGGGUUUCAGCACCGCGGACAGCGGCGUCGGCAUGAGCGGGCUAAACCCCGGUCCUGCCGUGCCCAUGAAGGACCACGACGCCAUCAAGCUCUUCGUGGGGCAGAUCCCGCGGGGCUUGGACGAGCAGGACCUCAAGCCGCUGUUCGAGGAAUUCGGCCGCAUCUACGAGCUGACGGUGCUGAAGGACCGGCUCACCGGCCUCCACAAAGGCUGUGCCUUCCUCACCUACUGCGCCCGGGACUCUGCUCUCAAGGCCCAGAGUGCACUGCACGAGCAGAAGACCCUGCCAGGGAUGAAUCGUCCGAUCCAAGUGAAGCCGGCUGCCAGUGAGGGCCGAGGAGAGGACCGAAAGCUGUUUGUGGGGAUGCUGGGGAAGCAGCAGGGUGAGGAGGACGUCAGGCGCCUGUUCCAGCCAUUUGGCCAUAUCGAGGAGUGCACCGUCUUGCGGAGCCCUGAUGGCACCAGUAAAGGCUGUGCCUUUGUGAAGUUCGGGAGUCAGGGGGAAGCUCAGGCAGCUAUCCAGAGUCUGCAUGGCAGCCGGACCAUGGCGGGCGCCUCGUCCAGCCUCGUGGUCAAACUGGCGGACACGGACCGUGAGCGCGCGCUGCGGCGGAUGCAGCAGAUGGCCGGCCAGCUGGGCGCCUUCCACCCGGCCCCGCUGCCGCUGGGGGCGUGCGGAGCCUACACCACCGCGAUCCUGCAGCACCAGGCGGCCCUGCUGGCGGCGGCACAGGGCCCGGGCCUAGGCCCGGUGGCCGCAGUGGCGGCCCAGAUGCAGCACGUGGCGGCCUUCAGCCUGGUAGCCGCGCCGCUGUUGCCCGCCACAGCAGCCAGCUCCCCGCCGGGCGGGGGCCCCGGCUCCCUUCCGGGUCUGCCAGCGCCCAUCGGGGUCAAUGGAUUCGGCCCCCUGACUCCCCAGACCAACGGACAGCCGGGCUCUGACACUCUCUACAAUAACGGGCUCUCCCCUUACCCAGCCCAGAGCCCCGGCGUGGCUGACCCCCUGCAACAGGCCUACGCUGGGAUGCACCACUACGCAGCAGCCUACCCGUCGGCCUAUGCCCCAGUGAGCACAGCUUUUCCCCAGCAGUCUUCAGCCCUGCCCCAGCAGCAAAGAGAAGGCCCGGAAGGCUGUAACCUCUUCAUCUAUCACCUGCCUCAGGAGUUUGGUGAUGCAGAACUCAUACAGACAUUCCUGCCCUUUGGAGCUGUUGUCUCUGCCAAAGUCUUUGUGGACCGAGCCACCAACCAGAGCAAAUGUUUCGGGUUUGUUAGCUUUGACAAUCCAACCAGUGCCCAGACAGCUAUCCAAGCCAUGAAUGGCUUUCAAAUUGGCAUGAAGAGGCUCAAGGUCCAGCUAAAGAGGCCCAAGGAUGCCAAUCGGCCUUACUGAUCUUCUCUCACUGACCAGCCACAGAAAGAAACUGAAGAGUGAGAAGAAAGGAAAGGAAAAGCACAGAAAUGCUUGAGCAGCCCUGCCCGAAGGAGACGAGCCACAGCCGGAGGUGGAUCGGACCCCAGGCCGGCGUCUGGGGCUCAGGCCACGUUACGGAUUGUUUUCAUCAAGUGGGUUGUCCUGUGCCUGUGGCAUAGAGCGCAGGCUGGCAAGGCAGCUGGGGCUGGCUGAGGACUGACUGUCUAGGGGAACCAGCAGAGGGCCUUGGGGGUGCCAAGGGCUUCUCCGCAGGGAAGCCCAGAUUUUCUUCUUUCAAAAUCCUAUCAUUCCUUAGAGUUUAGGGACCAAAGGACUAUUGCUUUUUUAAGAAUAUAAAUAUAUCUAUAUAAAUUAAAAGAAAGAAACAGAAAACAAAAACAAAAGAAAAGGAAAAAAACCCACAAGAGAAACAAAAAGACAGUAUAGAGUCUCAUACAAAGCUGCCUUUAAUAUCCCUAGGAGACAGGGUGAAGGAGACCCGUAAAAGCCCCAGACUAGGCAGAGGGAGGCUGUGGAAAGAGUGUUCUGUGUCUCAUUCCCUCUUAAAUUGUCCCCCCUUCCUGCC